AUGAGGCUUCUGGGCGCCGUGGCCACGUUCAUCGCAUUCGCGGUGCUGAACUACACAAUGCACGGCGCCCGCUCUGCGAGCAAAGUCCAUAAGCGUCGGCGACGUGCGUACGAGAUGGGCUUCAUCCCGUACCCACCCGAUCGGCGACAACGGGGCAUGCAGCUGCAGCACGCCUCGGGCCAGCCAGUGAAGCAUGACAAGGACAAGCCGCAGAACCGCAGCACUGACUCGGAGCUCGACGACACAGCGGCACAACAGCCGCAGCUCGCCUACGUCAAGGAGCAGGGGAAGUACCAGGGCGCCAACUGUGACGAGGCCAUUGAGAAGCACAUGAAGAAAUACGUGAAAUGCGAAUCGCUAGACCAGCUCACCACGGACUUGCUCGGCACGCUCACGAAGACCAUAGAAGACAUCUCCAUACAGAUCACCGAUAUGGUCGUCACGAGCUUGCAGAAGAAUAGCACGGAGUACAUCAAGGAGCUGGCCGUGCUGACACAGCGCGUGGAGGCUAUGGAGGCCGCUCAGGUACAGCGCCCACAAGACGAUGGUGUUGUCCGUAACAGACUGCCUGGGCGUGAGGUGGACCAGGGUGACAAGCAUGACGUCCUCUUGCAGAUGUUCGAAGAACAGAAGCACAACAUGAACAAGUUCACCAAACUCGUCAAGGAGACGGGCUUGAUCAAGCAGUCCGCUUUCGUCACCUUCGCGGACCUGGACAUCCGAGAUGCAGAGUGGCGGGAGGACCUCGCACAGAUCAUGCACCAAACCAAGAAUUGCGAGCAAACAAGGGAGGAGGCCUCUUCAGCGGCGUGCACGGCUCCUACCACGUCGUGCGCCUCCUCUCCAUCGACGGCGGCCCUGUACUACGACACCCUACUCGCAAGCUUCCAGGACGAGGAGUGCAUCAACCAGUUCAACAACAUCCUGGACGACCAGUUGGUUGGCUCGCUGGAGCUCCGGCCCUCCUCUGUCUUCUACACCAAUGUCGCCCUCGGUGGCGUCUCCUGCGGCCUCGACGGGGUCGCCUCCAUAUUCAUCUUCGGCGGUAUCUUCGACGGUAUCAUCUGA